AUGAUAGAAACAAUGAGUGACAUUAGUAGCCAGGUUGGAUAUGACAUAAUGCACUGCAAUGAUGAUGAUAUUAAACCUGUCAAUAGUCUGGAAAGUGAUACUCAGAAAAUUGUAAUAUUUGACGACUUCAUUUGUGAUAACAAUCAAAAGCCGCUUAUCGAUUAUUUCAUUCAAGGCCGUCAUAAGAACUGCAGUGUUAUUUACCUUUCGCAAUCAUUUUAUAAAACUCCAAAAGAUAUCAGACUAAACUGCAGUCAUGAUGUUGCUUAUGAUUUCCCGAGCAGUAAUGAGAGAAAUAUGAUUUCUAGAGAGUUAAAUGUAACAAAGGAUCAAUAUAUUAAGGCCACCAAACAACCCUACUCAUUCCUGUAUGUUGACAAACCAAUGAAGACUGUCAAAAGAAACUUUUAUGGAAAUAUAUAA